GAGAGGGAAGGCAAAAAGAGGAAGAGAGAGAGAGAGACAUCAACUGCAAGUAGAGGAUUAACCAACACUACUAGAUAUUCAAAAGAAAAAAAAAAAAACGAGACCAAGUGUGUGUGUGAGAGAGAGAGAGAGAGAGGGAGAGAGAGUGGAGCACUUGACAAGAAGACAAACAAGAAGAAAUAGCAGAGAGAUAUUAAACCAGGCUGGAUUAGAUUUCUCUGCACCGUGGAGAAACACACACACGCGCACACACACACAGUGGGAGGUGUGUGAUGCACCCUGCCUGAGUCUCUGCGUUAGCUGUAUGCUGUUUGUUUGUGUUCAGGUUGUUUAGUGUGUAAAGUGCACAGUGUGUGACAGCCAUGAGGAGGAUAUUAUCUAUCACCUUUGCGUCGCUGCUGGCAAUUACUUUAACUGGAGCAUGGAGACCAUCUCAGCCCAGACUGCAGUUCACACACUCGGAGCUGGUCCGUAGUGGCAGGUUGAUGAUUCUGCCGCUCUCUGCGGGGGAUCUGAACUCUCUGCUCCCUGAUGAAGAUGGCCGCCGUCUGUACAUCAGCAUGAAGGAUUAUUUACUGUCAGCCAGCCUGGAUGAUGUUACACAACCCCAUCGCAAGAUUUACUGGCCUGCGAGUCCAGAACGAAUCCAGGACUGUUUGAUGGCUGGAAAAGACCCACAGCUGGAGUGUGCCAAUUUCCUGCGUGUACUGGAACCUUAUAACCAAACACACCUGUACGCCUGCGGAACGGGAGCCUUCAACCCCCGCUGUGCCUACAUCCCCACCCGCCUCUUCCUCAUGGCUGAGGAUCAGACGCUGCAGCAUGAACAGACAGAGUCCGGAAAAGGAAAGUGUCCGUAUGACCCCCACCAGAAGACUGCUACUGCCAUCAUUGAUGGAGAGCUGUAUGCUGGAAUCACAUCUGACUUUAUGAGUCGUGACUCUGCAUUUUUUCGUAGUCUGGGAGAACGUCAUGUGAUCCGCACAGAGCAAUAUGAGCCAACCUGGCUUCAGGAGGCUGAGUUUGUGCGUGUGGCCAUGAUGAAGGAGAGUGAUAAUGAGGAAGAUGAUAAGGUCUACUUGUUCUUCACUGAGCGUGCUCAGGAGGCUGAGGGGCCCGCCGGCAAAGUCCUGUACGCUCGAGUCGCCCGCGUCUGCAAGAAUGACAUUGGUGGCCAGCGCAGUUUAGUGAAUAAGUGGAGUACGUUUCAGAAGGCUCGAAUGAUCUGUUCUGUGCCCAGACCUGACGGCUUACAGACACACUUUGACCAACUGCAGGAUAUUUUUAUUCAUCAUGGCAAAGACGAGAGGAACCCACUGAUAUACGGCCUCUUUACUACCACCAGUGAUGUGUUAAAUGGAUCAGCAGUGUGUGUCUACCGCAUGCAAGACAUCAUUCGUGCCUUCAAAGGAAACUUCUACCACAGGGAGGGGCCACAGUAUAAGUGGGCGGAGUUUACCGGCAGAGUGCCCUAUCCCAGACCUGGAACAUGUCCAAGCAGCACUUAUGGAAGUUUCCGUUCCACACGGGAAUAUCCUGAUGACGUCAUCUUCUUUAGCCGCACCCACCCACUGCUGCAGGAAGUGGUGCGUCCUGUGGAUAGCCGACCUUUGCUAAUUAGAGUUGGUGUUGAUUACAAGUUGACCCGCAUCGUUGUGGACAGAGUGGAGGCUGUGGAUGGACAAUAUGAUGUUCUCUUCAUCGGGACAGAUUCUGGCCUGGUGCUGAAGUCCAUUCAUCUCCCCAAAGAGCAAGGACAAAGUCAAGAGGUCACCCUGGAACAGCUGCAGGUCUUUAAGCACAAGUCACCAGUCACCGCCUUGACACUGUCCAAGAAGAAGUGGCUGUUCGUGGGAUCUGCAGAGGGCGUGUCUCAGUUGGCGCUGUAUCAGUGUGACCUAUACGGUCAAGUGUGUGCAGAGUGCUGUCUUGCCAGAGACCCAUACUGCAACUGGGAUGGCCAUGCAUGCAGCCCCUAUAUGCCAGUUGCACGCAGGAGAAACACUCGUCAUGUUGGUGAUUACAGGAAUCCAUUAACUGAAUGUGUCAGACAGGGAGCUGGCCUGGAGGUGCAGUCAGAGGAGAAGGAAAUAGUGGUGGCUGUAGGGAACAGUACCUACCUGGAGUGUCUGCCUAAUUCACACCAUGCCAAAGUUACCUGGUUUAAACAGAUCGGAGAGAACAGUCUGGAACAAUAUGAGGUGACCUCAAGGGAUCAGCUGGUGGUGAUUGACAGGGGCAUUCUGAUUCCGAGGGCGGAGCUUAACCACGGUGGGAUUUAUCACUGUCAGCUGGAGGAGCACGGCUUCCGUUGGACAGCCGUAACAAUUCGAUUGAGUGUGUGGAGUCCCAGCCGGCACACCAUCGCAGACUCCACCCAGCCCCGGCACCAGGAAGUGAUGUCUCUGAUUCACCACAGAGACUUGGAGCACUACUGCAAGGAACUGGGCAAACAGCGUCAUGAGCACAAAAAGACCAGGGAAAAGGAGCAGGCACAGGAGAGAAAGAGAGGAGACAGACAGAAACAUGGAGGAGAACGAGGAGAGAAGGAGCGGGGAAGAGGCAGGAAGAACAGAAGCAAAAUGGGGAGUUCUGCCUCAAGGUUUCCGAGGAGCGCCUAGAGACAUUCAUACUGUACACAAAAGACACUCUACCAAUAAGAAACUGAAUAGCAAAUACCUUCACAAACUUAAGCAUGAACUCGCAUAUACAUGAAUAUUCACAGACUGGUGACAAUAUUGUUCUAUUGAAGCUAAAUGAGAGGACUGUUGCUAAGCAGCGAUAUAUGAAUGACAGGGGGUGUGGCUUUUAUGAGGGAUGAUCUCGAAGCCAAUGGACACAUGGACAUAUCCUGAUUAUGGCAAAUAAUGACUGAGCCCUGAGAGCUGAAACCACUUACUAACAUACAAAGCGUCUUAGACAUUCUUGUAGUUUGUGUAAAUAGAAAAAAAGACUCCAUAAUUUUUGGAGCACCUAUAAAAGCUCUUUGUUUUAAAAAGACUGCUGGCUUUGAAGCACAAAUGUUACAGUUAUUGCAUAUUAGCUGCAUCUAAAUGUAUUGUUCUGAAUGUUUUUUUCUCUUUUAUCUUAUUUAUCUUUAUAUUUAUUUUCAUGUCCUUUGAGAGAAACGAAAGCUGUAUAUUUGCAUUGAUCAUUUUCUUCAGGCAUUAGGAAUGGACAAAAAAUAUUCCUACAAUGACCUUCUAGGUAGUUAAAUACUUAGAUAAAUGAUUGCUGUUGAAGGAAUGUCCUUUAAAUAUUAAGAGUCUUGCAAUACCCACAUAUAUGUGAAAACU